UAAGACAUUUGCUCGUUGAAAAUAUGAGAACAUAUCUGGCGACUCGCCGACUCCUGUUGUGAAAAGACAAAUGUAAAAACUCUCUCUCCUUUUAAAUCCAGUUGUUGGAUCACCAAUGUCCGACAAGGGAAUUCCCUAAAUCAUCUCAACUGAACUCCAUUUGCUCAAUCAGAAUCUGAAGAAAUCAAUUCAAUUCACUUAUUCAAAAUCUCAAUUCGUCUGCGGUGUUCGAUUUACAUGGAGGACGAAUAUGGCCUCCAUAAUCUGAUACGAUUCAUGAAACAACCUGCAAUUAUUGAAACAUUCGUCGACAUUUUGCUAUGUGCAGUUCCGAUUUGGCUUGCCGUGAUGAUCGGCUUGCUAAUUGGUUGGUCAUGGCGGCCUCGUUGGACUGGGCUGAUUUACAUUGGGUUUCGAAGCAAAUUCCGUUUCCUUUGGACUGCUCCUCCUGGAUUCGGUGCUCGUCGUCUUUGGCUAGCUUUUACUGCUCUUUCUGCUUUCUCUGUUCUUCGAUCGCUUUGGUCUUCUGUACGCGGGAAUAAUAAACAACUUGCUACUUCUUCAAAUGAUUCUGCCUCUUUGCCUGAUUUAGGGUGCGAAAUUUCUUGUGACCGUGACCAAUCUUCAGAGGCCGAACAUGAUGUUGUCACUGAGAGUGACCUAAAACACCUAUUGCAUAUACUUGAGAGAAAGGAUGGUGAAGUCUCUUGGCAAAGCAUGAUGGAACGCACGACUUCAAAUAUGUCAUACCAAGCAUGGCGUCUUGAUCCUGAGAAUGGCCCCACUGUAUAUUGUAGUCGAACAGUGUUUGAGGAUGCAACUGCUGAGGAGGUGAAAGAUUUUUUUUGGGAUGAUGAAUUUCGUCCUAAAUGGGAUCCUAUGCUUACGUAUUUUAAGAUAUUGGAGGAAUGCUCACAUACUGGAACAAUGAUUGUUCACUGGAUUAAAAAGUUCCCUUUUUUCUGUAGUGAUCGAGAAUAUAUUAUUGGUAGAAGAAUUUGGGAGUCUGGAAAAGCAUAUUAUUGUAUUACGAAGGGGGUCCCAUAUCCAAGCUUACCCAAGCAUGACAAGCCAAGACGCGUGGAACAGUAUUUUUCUAGCUGGGCGAUAAAGCCUGUGAAAUCUCGUAAAGGAGAUGGAUCAAUGACAGCGUGUGAAGUAACCCUUGUUCAUUACGAGGACAUGGGUAUCCCUAAAGAUGUGGCAAAACUGGGUGUCAGGCACGGUAUGUGGGGAACUGUUAAGAAAUUACAUGCUGGGAUGAGAGCUUACCAAAAUGCUAGGAAACAAGGGGCAUCCCUUUCUAGGUGCGCUUCGAUGGCGAAUAUAACCACCAAGAUUUCAGUCGAUGGCGAAUCUGUUUCCGAGGGAGUAUUUGGUGAAGAACAAAUUAAGAGUGUAGAUUCUCAAAUGUGUAGAAAGCAUGGCAUAGGCUGGAAAUGGGUUAUAAUAGGAGGAACCGUGGCUGUUGUUUGUGGACUUAACUCUGGGGUUUUAAGGAAAGCUUUAGUGAUUGGAGCCCGUAAAAAAUUUUUAGGGAACUGACACUAACUACUGGGAGAUGUUGGGCAAUUGUGUAAUUGUUUGUGUAUGUAUUUACGACCUAUGUCCCACAUUCAUUUGUCGGUAUCAACAUUUUAGCUUCUAAUAGGAAGAGCCUUUUAUUUGUUAUAUAUAUAUAUAUAUAUAUAUAUAUAUAUAUAUAUAUAUAUGGAGGAAAACAUUGUGCUCUUACAUUCGUUGAAACCAUUAGAUCGGAAGCUUGAACAUGUUACGUUUGAUCCAUGU